AUGCUCCGUCUCCUUGAGACGCCCGAUUUAGUCUUGGCGCAAACUGUCAAGUUUUUAUGUUCGGACGACGGCAGCUUUCAUGUUCUCAGGGACAUGGUUAACGAAUCUCCUCCAACGCAGCUUGUUUCAACGUUCAGUUAUUUAAGUUAUUGGAUUUCUGACUCGCUUUCUAAGCACAAAAGUAAAUACAAUGAUACAAAAACGCAGCAAUGUCUCCAAUUACUUAAUUUAAUUUCUACAAAAGUUCCUCCAAUAAUUUUAAUAAAUGGCGCGUUUGAUUUAAACUGGGGAAUUUCUCAACCACAUUGGGCAUUGCACGAAUUCUAUCAACGAAUUAAUAAAAGAAUCACGAUUAUCAGAUCAUAUCUCAAACCACAAUCCGCUUUUGGUCAAAUUUAUCCAUUUCCUCUAAACAGCGAGUUCAAAGAGGACUUCUGGCGUACGUUCAAUCCAAAUCUGUCAAUAGAUAUUGGAACGGACCAAGAUUACAUUUUUGCCGCGAAAAUUCAUUUCAAACGCCUUCUUCGAAAUCGAGUUCCAAUACAAUUAUUUAAACCUUUGCUAGAUACUCCUUCAAUGAAGAAAGUUUUAACCCAAGCAAUCAUUGAAGUUCUCAAUGAAACAAAUGAAAAUCCUAAUAUUACACAUAUACAGUCUAUUUCGACAUUUUCGUUAUUGUUCUUAUACAUUUUUUCAUUCAGCCUCUCAAAUGAUAUCGAUGCUCAAAUGUUAUGCGAAUAUAUCCAGACAUGUGACUAUUUAUCACCAGGACUUGCUCUUGGAAUUAUUUGUCACAUAUCAACAACGAUUUGCUUAUACAAUUACUUGAUGCCGAAAGAAUUCAUCGAAAAUCCAGGAUCAGAUAAAUCUCAUUACGUUAUAUACGACCAUUCGAACGAUACGGAGCUUGAUAGUUUCUUCCAGUCCAUUCCUGAAAUGUUUACAACGUAUUUCAAGCCACCUACAACAAAUCAGAAUCAAGAGAUUAAUUCUACGGUCAAAAACGACAUCAAUUCAUUCCUUACAUACAUACAUGACCCCAAUACGAUGAAAGUACAAAAAUUCAAAGCCAUUUUUGAGUUUGCCAAAAAUCAUGAGAUAACUCCGAUUUAUACAGUUACUAUAAGCUUCUAUGUUAGUUUAAGAUUCCUAAUCAUUGUUCCUAGGAUGUUUGAACACUUCAACAACCCAAAUAUCUGUAAAUUUUUCAUGUCAAUAAUUUCAUUCAUCACUCCAGUCUGUGACACAAGUAUCCAGCAGUUAUUCAACAACCCAGUCACAGAAGACUACAAUAUCAUUGAUAAGAACUUGUAUUUACUCAUCAGAGCCAUAGGAACACGCAUGUUAACAUUAGUAAUAAAUUUGCCAAUGGAAAUAUCCAUUCCUUUCUGUUUGGAUUCCCUCAACAGAUACACAAACACACAGAAGAUAACAGCAGGAGACUACCACCAUAUCUUUCGACGCAUUCUUUCCGCUGAUUUCCCUGUUCUUGGCCCAGCAACAUUAGAAAGCCUCGAAAAGUGUCGUGACAUUGUUAUUUUGUCGAUGUACGUUGAAGCAUUGACGAGUACUGUUCAUACACACACUUGCAAAGGCCGCGACUCGUUGAGGAGUCUGAGACAGAAGAUACUGGACAGAUUGCCAAUACAAGCAGACCCAACAAUGCCUUAUUUGUUGAUUACAGAGUUCAGAGGAACUUCUAGAGAUGAAUUCAAUGAAGUUUCAUGUAACAUUUUCGCUGAUGUCAUUUCCAUGAAGUUGGACAGUCCAAGAGAAGUUAAUAUGAACAAUUGUUUGUUCUGCGUUUUCUCUGCAUCAAUGAGAAAGAAAUUUUUUGCGGAAUAUGUUGUUCAUUUCCUUGAAAAUCACUUGAACAACGACAGAAAAGAUGUCUCUGAACAAGACCCACUUCCUUUGACUGAAUCUGAGAUAUGUAUUCCUUUGGCUCAGAUGUGUCUUCCUCGUUUAUUGACAGAGAAUUUCAUUGACUUGGCAAACGAGUUGUCAAUCAUUUUAGGCUAUCAUAUGAAGAAUGACGACUUGAUGUUGCACUGGCUCACGAAAUUCACUGCUCAAUACAGGCAAUACUUGACACCUGAAGUCAAGAGAUCAUUGAGAACACCAAUGAUUGAUAGAUAUCAGUCAAAACUACCAAAAGGAGUUGAUUUCAAAAAAGAAAACGUUUACGAAUUCGCUGACCAGCUCGUGAAAGCGGAAAACACAAUUGUUUUCGAUGCAGACACAUUGUUCGCUGAAUACACAAGUCCAUAUCUGCUCCAACAAGCCAUUAUCAGAUCAUUCAUUCUGUUAUCUCCACAAUCUGACAUCGGAAUUGUCAAACUUUUGACAAUGCCACUUUACGAAGUCAAAUUCUGGCCGAACAGAAACGAAGGUGUCAUAGAACUUGCCAAAUUAGCAUCGACCAUGAGCACCUCUAUAUUGCAUGACUACUUCAGGGAACUUAUGGGAAGAAGUCCAUGCGAUUCUGCGAUGAUUUCUGGAAGAAUUUUCCUUUCAAUGGUAAGAAUUGAUGUUUUCGAGAUUAUCUGCGAAACAUGUUCUACAUACAUCGAAAAGAACGCGGAGAAGCUCGACUACUUCAUGAGGAUGGCUUUGCCUUCUUUCCACAGAUUAUACGGCAAUCCACAGAGUGCAAAAGAUUUCCUUUGUGGUUUGUUAGUUUCUAUUACACCACAGACACCGAGAUCUCUCCAGGAAGCAGUAAUUGAUGCCGUUGGAUUGAUUUACCUCAAAUUGAAGUUAUUUGAUUUCAGAAAGGAAAUUAUAAACAGCGCAAUGUCAUUUGAACCUGAUUUGAAAGCUGUUUUCGCUUGUUCUCUGGAUCCAGAUAUUGCAAACCAAAGAGUUAGUGACUUGUUCAAAACAAAAGAAGUUCCGUUUAAGAUGAAGAAAUCAAUGAUGGAAAUGAUAUGA